AUGUCCAGGGAGGCUAGCAAGCCUUCCAUCUUGAUCGUUGGAGGCCUAGGCUUCCUUGGCCGUUUUCUUGCCCUCUAUAUCCAUGAGAACAACCUCGCUUCAGAGGUGCGGAUUGUCGAUAAAUUGCUUCCUCAGUUGGCCUGGUUGACUCCUGAGUUCAACGUCGCCUGCUCCCAGGACAAAUUUGUUCAGGCAGAUGCAAGUCGUGAGCAAUCAUUUCCUCGAAUCUUCGACCGGGCGAACGGUGCCCAGUUCGACUAUGUAAUCAACUGCGGGGGUGAGUCCCGCAUGUCUCAACCAGAAGACGUAUACCGAUUGCGAAGUCAUGCCCUCUCAGUUGCCCUAGGCAAAGAGGCUGCCCGUCGAGGAGUUCGUGCAUUUAUCGAAUGCUCCACAGCCACCGUGUACAAAAGUGACCGCGAGCCGUGCAAGGAAGAUGCAAAGAUUAAGCCAUGGUUCGCAUUGUCGAAAUGGAAAUACCAGGCAGAGGAAGACCUGCGGAAAAUCCCUGGCUUGAAUCUUUGCAUUCUCAGAUUCCCGCAUGUCUACGGGGAGUAUGACAGGGGUUUGUUGACCACGGUCAUUUGCAUGGGAAGGGCAUACAUGGAGCUGAACAAACCAAUCUCCUUUCUAAAGACCGGAAGUCAACCCAUGAACACAGUGUACGUCAAAGAUGCAGCCCGCGCAUUGUGGAGAGCUGCAGAGUGGCGAGCAAACAAAGGUCCCAGUUCAAGCGGCGAUCCGGUCGUUUUCAACAUUGUAGACCACAACAAUACCACAAAGGGUGAUCUUGCCGAAGGUCUCAAAAAGGCCUUUGGCAUCGAGUACUCCUUUGUCGGCACGAUGAUUACUCAAGUGGUGAACUUGAAUCUAGAUGAAAUCAUCGAUGAAAUGAACGAGGAAUGUCUACAAAUAUGGGCAGAGCUUCUGAAUGAAAAACAGAUCGAAAGACCGGGACCGAUAAGUCCCUUCCUAGAGCGGGAUGCUAUCAAGGAUGGCGACCUCUUAAUUGACGGAUCACUAUUCGAGCAGACGACCGGUUUUACGUACGAAAGACCAACACUUGCUAAAGAUUGGAUCCAACCUGUCGUCGAAAGCUUCAAGCGACUGGGAUGGUGGCCUUAA